UCCCCGAGGUUUCGGUUGUAUCGACAGUAGUUGUAGUGCGUGUGAGCGAGUCGCAAAGCCGUCGGUGUUUUGAUUAUUUGCUGCUGGAUUGAAAGAAAAGAUAUUGUGCUGUUUUAGAAAUUAUCUUGUUUGCUCGUUUUUUGGCUGUGCCACAAAUAUCGCUGGCUCCAGCGUUUUGCAAAAAGUGAAUAUAGAGAUUGAAAGCAAUCACUAAAACACAAAUGAUCUCAAAGAACUCAAGGAACUCAAAAAAGUGUUUGAAUAACUCUAUCCAAAACCUAUAACAAAUCGUAAGCGUGAAAAAAUAAAUAAAGAAACAUUUGAAUUUAACAAAAACAAAAAAAAAGGCAAAACAAUCUCAACAUGCCACAUAUAGCUGCCACAGGAGCAGCCUAUUUCAGCGCCACUUCAACGAAGCUGGCACCCACUACACACAGGCGCUGGCUGACACUGCUCCUCGUGGGCUGCGUGGCCAGUUUGUGUGGCAAUGCGGUGCAAGCCAGCCCGCUUUCGCCAGCAGGUGAUUAUCCUGGUAUGGCGGACAAUACAAAUGUGAGGAACUCACUGCAAAUGCGGAGUCUGUCAGACCCGAGUGGACAAACGCGACGCGUGGCAUGCCGCCGCGCUUGUUGGGCCAUGUACAUUCCUGAGAAAGGUGAUUGCCUCAAAGACACAAGGUGUUAUCAGUGCUACCUCAACUGCAUGACUCCGCCAGCUCUGAUACAAGCAAGCACAACAACCACAACAAGCACGACAACCAUCGUACCAACAUCUACGGAAAAUGUGGACAGACGUCAAUUGCAACAUAAACAACAAAUGCAGCAAUCAUCAAAAAUUAAUAAACCAAUCCAGGAAACUUGGACAUUGCGCACAGUUUCAAUGUUGCAACAAGACUCACUAGUGCUCGUCGACAUCGCCUGGGAUGCAUUGAAUACGCCAAAUCAAUGCCUCAUCAGCUGGGAGGUGUCCGGUGGUGGGCUGAUGGGCAAUCUCCUGACCGAGUCAUCGAUUGUGCAGUUAUCACUGUGGCCGGACACAAAGUACCGCGUUAAGGUCACCUGCAAAAAUAAGCUCACCGGCUUCAUGUCCCGCUCGCUGCCACUAAGCAUUGACACAUCCGAGGCAGUGAUGGCACACGAGCACAGUGGCCAACAUAAAACACAAGCACCCAAUGUCGAUGCCACAUUAAUUUCCACAACAACAAUCGACAGCAGAACACUCCCAGCCGCCCAAAACGAACCACAACAACCACAGCAAAUCAACAACAAUGCAAUCGACCACAUCAGCAAUGGCAACACGGAAUAUGUGGACGCCGAUAGCUCCUCGAAUUCUAACGGUUUGACCGCCGAUACCGAUAACGCUGCCGUACUGCCAUACGACGAGCGCGACGACGACCAUGAUCAAUCAGUCGAGGCUUUGAAUAGACACACACAGUUCGUUUUCAACUGGCACUCCCACAACAGCGACAUCAGCCUGAUUGAACCGAUACAUAAGCCCGAUCUGAGCAUGCUCACUAUGGCUGUUGCCGACAUGCAGAAACCCUUCUUCUUCGGUUUGCUCUCGGGCACCAUUAUACUGGUGUGCCUGGUACUCGCGUACCGCUGCUUGCUGCGCCGCCAGCGCUUAGCGUAUGAGAAGUCCAUGCUAAUCACCGAUGACGCCGCACACGCGGUCGUCUCAGUGGCGCCUGCCGAAGUGGCCAUGCGUCUUGCCAACAACAAGGCGGCGGCACGAAAAGCCAAGGAGGGCGGUAGACUUGGCUGCGGCACUGGCGUGCCUGGCUUUGCUGGCGUUGGUAGCGCGUUGGGCGCGACGUCGCUGGCCUACCAGCGCAGCGAUGAGGAGGAGGAGUACGAGCGCGGCGCGGACGAGGUGUGUAGUAAUCCGGCGAUCUGCUCGAGAAACGCGCUCAAAGUGUAAGUGCGUGCAGGUGCGUGUCGCGUCAGUUAGUCAGCCGGCCAGAGGUGUGGGUGUAAGCCAUGGCAUAGUAGUGAGCUGUAUCGAUUGAGAUUAAAACAGGAAUUAAGUUACACACACACACUACAAAAAUGCAAAUUAAAGCGUUUACGAAAGUAAGCUUAUUCCGUAGACAUACAAAAGCAAAAACCAGCAUACAAAAUACUUAUAUAAAUAUCGCUAGUUUUGUAAGGAGCAUUAGCAUAGGACUACAACUACUCUAAUAUGUAUAAAUUCAGCGACUAGUUGCAGUGUGUUGCCGGUAAACUAAAGUGAUUUACAAAUACAAUAUGUAGUUGUUGUCGUUUCGUGCCGCAUUUGCGUCGACUACUUUCCGUUAGACAUAACCUAUAUUUAAGCCAGCAUAUUUAACCAAAAUAUGAACAAACAAACAAGUAAAAUACAAAUGCAACUGUGCAGUAGAAAUGCGAGUGCAGUCACAUUCGUGCGCAUAAUAUUAGCACUUAGACUAAAAAUCAAUAUUCAUUCUAAAUAAGCGUGUGUUGCAAAUUACGCAUUUAUGUGAUGCCAAGUUAAAGCUGUGCCGCCACAGUCGGGCCACUCACACCACAUACAUAUAACAGUAAAUAUAUAUAUAUAUUUAUAUAUAUAUGUAUGUAUGUAUAUACUUAUAUAUAGGUAUAGACUAAAUAGAGUUUAGUGUAAUAUGCGAAAUUCCAUAAUUCAUUAUUUACAGUCGGUUGAUUGCAUUCAUUUGCGUUUGCUGCAAUUAAACAGUUACGCGAGCGCUGCGCUAGGUUUGUGUGCUUGUCUGCCAGUGCAUGUGUGUGUAUAAAAGUGUGCAUGUGUGUGCGUGUGUGACAAUUUGAGUGCGCUUGUGCAAGCUUAAUUACUAGAAAUUUCAACUGACAGCUGGGCAGAUGUGUAUUUGGUAUAAGUAUGUGUAUAUAUGCAUGCAACAUGCACAGUUAUACGGCGUAAGUUUUGUGAGCUUUCAAGUUGAAGCUUAAAUUGUAUAAAUCAAAUCAUAUAAAUACCGUUAUAUUAUGCUAAUUGCUCUUAAUUGUGUAUGUCAGCAGUUGGCGUUUAAAUCAUUGAACUUAUUUCAAUAUAUACCACGCAAUAGUGUUUUUUUUAGAAUAUGAGGAUUAUGCUGGGAAAUUUCGAGUCYGAUACUAUUACAUAUAUAUAUAUAUAUAUUCAUGUAAGUAUAUAUACUAAAUAUAUAUCGCUUUGAGCAUAGAGAUUUUAGUAUCGUAAAACGUGCUCAGUGAUUUGAUUAUUCUGAAAAGUCGCAGAGAUAUAAGCGUUCAGAGCUACAAUAGCGCACUAAGCAUCAUUUUGAAGCUCUACAUUGUGAACUUCUAUAUCUGAAGCCUGUGAAAGAGAUCUCUGUAUUUUUUUCCCACUUAGAUGGAUGUUCGUAAUACAAUAAAAAGUGGCUGAACUUUGGACAGUUCCUCACCAGCAGUUGACUAUCUCUGCCUCAGAAUAUACCCAGAAUAUACCACGAACUUUCUAUGCAAACUCAUCAAGUUUCUCCCUCCUUUCGUACUUCUCUUGAAAAAAGAAAGUUUUUUUUUCUUUUUUUGUUUUGAGAACAGAAAGGUCUUCAAAAAAGCGGUCGUUCUAAAUAUCUUAAACUCCAUAGGCACAUAUUUUUAUAUCUUUAAAUUCCCAGGCCUUUGGUGCUAUAUAUAGUAAAUAUUUAAGCUCUCAAUUAAGUGAAAAUUAAUGGGUUACCGCUAACCCAUAAACUGCACUGGUCAAAUUAGUCUACAAUUUGAUUCAGCGGUGAUUUUGGUUUUCAAUACAUUUUUUUUAAUUUUUUCGAUAUUCUGGUAUCCUAUAAUAGUACGAAUUUAUAAAAAAAAGAUUAAAUGAGAACAAAAUAAAAUUUAAAAUAAUAAUAUUAUAAAUAUUUUUUUUGAAUCGCUUUGAACGUCAACUGCUCAUACAUCGAUAUACGUUUCUAUACAAAAUGUUCAGCAAAUAAAACAAGACAUAAAUAUAACUUCAAAUACAAAAAAAUCAAAAGGUUAAUUGUAGAAUAUUUUAUCAUAAAGUAAAGUAAUGAUGUAGUGGUAAACUUAAUUGCUCAAUUUGCAAUUAGAUAUGUAUGUGCUUUGCUUUUACUUAAAGUUUGACUUUGGCUUCAUGCUUCUUUAGAGAAUAUGCCACGCAAUUCAAAAUUUUGUAUAAAAAAAGUUCAAUUGAGUAAAUGUUGAAACACCCACUUUCCUUGCCCCUAUGAAAAACCACACAUUGACACCUCCUUCCACGCACCUCCCAAAGCACACACACACCCACCUUCAUUUAUCAGUGUUGUAACUUUCUCCAAAAACACAAGAAUUGAAAACUUCCAAACCAGACUAAAUCUAACUGAAUAAAAAAACAAAAGCUCUGCAUUUGAAGUAAAAGAAAAAAUAUUAUUUCAUUUUUAUUAUUCUAGAAAAACGCAUAAUCAAAACUAAGCAAAUUUUUUAGUGAAAAUAUUAAGGAAGAGAGGGAAGGAAAGGAAUUAACAGCGAACAUUUUUGAUAUGUGUGUAUUGGUGUGCAAAGUAUUAGACAUUAAUAGCAAAAAAGCUAGUUCACAGUUUGUUUGCAAUGCCAAGCGGGGCUUAUUUGGGGUGGGCAUGCGGUGGUGAAGUUAAAUUGGAGGUGCUGGCGAAACGACAUGGCGUAUGAGUAACACACUUGUAACUAUGCUUAGAUAUUCGCAAAAUAUUCACGAAUUUCAUCUUCAAGCAUACAUUUGCAAUAUUCAGUAUGCCCUCCACGCUGCAAUGCACUGCAGCCUGCCCACACACACACCACCACCAAUUUAUACACACAAACAACACAAACAAACACUUUGGCAUGAAACUCAAAACUUUAGGCAAAUAAAUUAUAAGGCUAAAAACACAAAAUGAAAAAAUAUUGAAACAAAAUUCAAAAUUAACCGUAAAUUUAUUAGAAAAAAUUAAAAAAAAGUUUAAUCAAGUUAAAACUACAUAAGUACGCGUAUAUUUGUACAUUAAAAUGAAUGUGUAAAAUUGAUGUGAAUUUGUGUUACCGCUAGUGCAAAAAACACAACACCGACAACAACAACAAAAA